GUGUCCAUAGUAUAUGCUAAUAUCUUUAUAGCCUUUGUCGUGUCUUUAAUAGGAAUGCUCGUAUAUCGAUCUCACCUAAUAUCUUCCCUACUCUGCCUGGAAGGCAUAAUACUGUCCCUAUUUGUAAUAAUAUCAGUAACAAUCCUGAAUAACCACUUCACACUGGCUAAUAUGGCACCCAUUAUCCUACUCGUAUUUGCCGCCUGCGAAGCAGCCCUGGGAUUAUCACUCCUAGUAAUAGUAUCUAACACAUACGGAACCGAUUACGUACAGAACUUAAACCUCUUACAAUGCUAA